ACCCCGAGGCUGACCAACGCUCGAUGGCUUCGAUAGUUCUUGGAAGGAAUUAGUAAAAGACGUAGCCACGGUGAUUUAAUCCUUUAUGACAAGAGGCGAGAGCAAGCCUCAUAUGCACUGACAGGACUGAGCCCUACGUAGAUGGGUGUUGGAUCCUUAAGACUUGAGUCUCCCUUCGGUCCUAAGACCUAUAUAUCACUCCACCCCUGCGCGUCCAAAACAUUUACUCUUAUAGUUUAAGAACGCUUCUGGGAGCGAGGUAUAUCUGGUGUGCCAGUUACCUAAGCAUACCAAGGGCUCGAAGACCUCCAAGAUGGAGAAACGACCUUACCAUGAAUCGGAGGGCGAUCCGAGCGGAGCGCCAUACUACUCCGCAAUGGUUUCCCCUAUCUCCCAGACCGCAGAUAAUCACUCGUGGCAUACGAAGACGGAAUAUGAAGAUGACUACCGACGACAAAGACCGACCUCUCAAGCCCUGCUUGAAGAAGUUCAAGAGCUUCGCCAUAUGGUAGCAGAGCUAACUACGAGACUUAAUUCUGCACCCGCCACCGGUCCACAUCCUAUUAAUCGCAUCUCUAGCAUAGUCGAGGAGCCCGUGGACAAGACCCUAGAUCCACAGAACGAGAACUUCGACAUCCGGCAAUGGCUACAGAUGUUUACCAAAGGGCUCGAGGAGCAAGGACAUAAGGGUCUCCGCACUGGCGUGGUGUUUAAAUCUCUCAGCAUAUCAGGGUCGGGGGAGUCAAUGCAGUAUCAACAAACGGUCACGGAUAUCCUACUAGCGCCCCUGAAACUCGCAAAGCUAUUUUCCCACGAGAGGCAGAGGGAGAGGAAGAUUCUACACAGCUUCAACGGUCUAGUCAGGAGCGGGGAACUACUGCUCGUAUUGGGUCGCCCCGGUUCAGGAUGCAGCACAUUGCUGAAGGCUCUCUGCGGAGAGCUUCACAGCUUGCACGUUCACGAAAAGUCUGUUAUCCAUUACGACGGCAUCCCGCAGGACAAGAUGGUGAACGAGUUCAAGGGCGAGGUGACGUACAAUCAGGAGGUCGACAAACAUUUCCCUCAUCUCACGGUCGGGCAAACGCUCGAAUUCGCUGCCGCGUGUCGUACACCUUCGACUAGGAUUAAUGGGAUGUCUCGGAACGAGUUCUGCCAACAUGUUGUGCGGAUCGUUAUGGCUGUUUGCGGCUUAUCUCAUACGUACGACACUAGAGUCGGAAAUGACUUCAUCCGAGGUGUCUCUGGUGGUGAGAGGAAGCGAGUCAGCAUAGCUGAGAUGAUGCUAGCUGGAUCAUCAAUAGCAGCGUGGGACAACAGUACACGAGGACUCGAUUCGGCUACAGCGCUCAAAUUCGUUCAGAGCCUGCGCUUAGCAUCCGACAUCGGUGGAAGCGCAAAUGCCGUAGCCAUCUACCAAGCCAGUCAAGCUAUUUACGAAGAGUUCGACAGGGUCACGGUCCUCUACGAUGGCAGGCAGAUAUACUUCGGCCCCGCCAACGAGGCCAAAGAAUUCUUCGAAAGGCAGGGCUGGUACUGUCCACCCCGACAGACAACGGGCGAUUUCCUCACCGCGGUGACAAACCCCGGUGAGAGGAAAGCCCGGCCAGGGAUGGAGGGCCAAGUACCCCGAACGGCCCAAGAAUUCCAGCAAUACUGGCGUAACUCACUGGAGUUCAAGGAGCUGAACCGCGAAAUCGCGCAGUACCAGCGACAAUCGCGUAUCGUGAGGAGCAACGAAGUCAUCACGGACCUCCGAAGCGCGAAAAACUUCAUGCAAGCUAAGCACGUGCGCCCCAAGUCGCCGUACACUAUUAGUCUACCCAUGCAAGUCCGGCUGACGACUAAGAGAGCGUAUCAGCGCAUCUGGAACGACAAGUCGGCGACGGCCUCUCAGGCCAUGCUAAACAUUAUAAUUGCCCUCAUCGUAGGGUCUGUCUUUUACGGAACAGCGGAUAUCACGGACACCUUCAAAGCCAGAGGAUCCGUUCUGUUCCUUGCUGUCCUCAUCAACGCUCUGUCUACUCUCUCUGAAAUCAUCAGUCUAUAUUCCCAACGGCCUAUUGUCGAAAAACACGCCUCUUACGCUUUCUAUCACCCAGCAACCGAGGCUGUCGCGGGGAUAGUAGCCGAUAUACCCAUCAAGUUCACACUCGCGGUAGCCUUCAAUCUCGUAUUAUACUUCCUUGCGGGACUACGUCGAGAACCCGGGCCGUUCUUCUUGUAUUUCCUCAUCACGUUUAUUCUCACCUUCGUCAUGAGUGGUAUCUUCAGGACGAUGGCGGCUGUCACGAGUACCGUUUCUCAAGCGAUGUCUCUGGCGGGUAUAAUGGUUCUUGUCUUGGCAAUAUACACUGGAUUCGCCAUCGCCGUUCCUCAGAUGGGAGCAUGGUUUAGCUGGCUUCGUUGGCUCAAUCCCGUCUUCUACGCCUUCGAGAUCCUAAUUGCCAACGAAUUUCACCAUCGGGAAUUUAAGUGCGGUACAUUCAUCCCUGAUUACCUCCCGAGAAACGGCACCACGUUUAUCUGCUCAGCUGUCGGUGCAUAUGCCGGGAACGAGACUGUUAGCGGCGAUGACUAUAUCAGAGACAGUUAUGUGUAUUUCUACUCGCAUGUAUGGCGGAAUUUCGGUAUCUUGAUCGCGUUUCUGAUAUUCUUCCUGUUCACGUAUGUCACGGCGACGGAACUCAACUCGUCUUCCGGCAGUACCGCCAUCGUUCUCGUUUUCCGAAGAGGACGUCGCUUUGGGAGCCAACCUGAAAAAAAACGCGAGCAGGAAAUCGUGGACGUACAGUCUUCGGCAGAUUCUCUUAUAACGGACAUGGCUGUUCCUUCUGAACACAAGAUCAUGGGCAUUGAACCGCAAAGAGACAUGUUUACAUGGAGAGAUGUCGUAUAUGAUAUUGAAAUCAAGGGUAAUACUCGCAGGCUACUCGACAACGUUGCAGGUUGGGCAAGGCCGGGAACGCUCACGGCUCUCAUGGGUGUAUCCGGUGCGGGAAAGACGACUUUACUAGAUGUGUUGGCGCAACGGACUACUAUGGGCGUGAUCACCGGAGACAUGUUAGUCAAUGGCAAGCCUUUAUCUCGUAGUUUCCAGCGCAACACCGGAUAUGUCCAACAACAAGAUCUUCACCUCGAAACUGCCACCGUUCGCGAAAGUCUCCGUUUCAGCGCUGUGCUCCGUCAACCGCGGUACAUAAGUAAAGCGGAGAAAUACGCCUUCGUCGAAGAAGUCAUCACGAUGCUCAACAUGGAAGACUUCGCGGACGCCGUCGUCGGUGUCCCAGGUGAAGGUCUCAACGUCGAGCAGCGUAAGCUCCUCAGCAUUGGCGUCGAGCUUGCCGCGAAGCCAAAGCUACUCCUCUUCCUUGACGAGCCGACAUCAGGUCUCGACUCACAGAGCUCGUGGGCCAUCUGCUCCUUCCUGCGCAAGCUGGCGGACUCGGGACAGGCCGUGCUAUGCACCAUCCAUCAGCCCAGCGCGCUCCUGUUCCAGCAGUUCGACCGCCUGCUCUUCCUCGCGCGCGGUGGGAAGACCAUUUACUUCGGUGAUAUCGGUCCCAAUUCACGCAUCAUGCUCGAUUAUUUCGAGGAGAGGGGCGCACGUCCUUGCGACGACCAGGAGAACCCUGCGGAGUACAUGCUCGAGGUCGUGAAUGAGGGUGUCAACGACCGCGGCGAAGACUGGCACGAGCUCUGGAAGGCAAGCCCGGAACGGCAGGCUGUUAAUAUAGAAAUCGACCACAUCCACGCCUCAAGCGCCAACCAGAUGUCAGCAGCCCAAGAUCAAGACGACCAAGGCGAGUUCGCGGCACCUUUCUUAACCCAACUGCAGGUUGUCACGUACAGGAUCUUCCAGCAAUACUGGAGAAUGCCCAGCUACAUCGGCGCGAAAUGGGGACUAGCCACGGCCGCGGGUAUAUUCAUCGGUUUCUCGUUCUGGAAGGCGAAGUCUACACAGGCCGGAAUGUCGAACGUGAUGUUCGGCGUAUUCAUGAUAGCCACGCUUUUCUCUCCUUUUGUUCAACAGAUCCAACCCCUCUUCACAACCCAACGCUCCCUCUACGAAGUCCGCGAGCGCCCGUCCAAAGUCUACUCCUGGCAAUCCUUCCUAAUCGCCAACACAAUCGUCGAGCUGCCCUACCAAGUCAUCGCCGGCAUCAUCGUCUUCGCAUCCGUCUACUACCCCAUAACCGGGAUCCAGAGCCCCGACCGCCAAGGCCUCGUCCUUCUCUUCAUAAUCCAAUUCUUCCUCUACAGCAGCACCUUCGCGCACAUGACCGUCGCCGCGCUCCCGAACGCCGAAACGGCUGGAGCCCUAGUCACCCUGCUCGUGCUCAUGUCGCUUAUCUUCUGCGGCGUGUUCCAGACCCCCACCGCGCUCCCCGGUUUCUGGAUCUUCAUGUACCGCCUGUCGCCCUUCACGUACUGGAUCGGCGGCAUCGUCGGGACCCAGCUGCACGACCGGCACGUCGACUGCUCCGUCACCGAGACCUCGAUCUUCGACCCGCGGCCCGGCCAGGACUGCCAGACGUACAUGGCGGACUUCCUGUAUCCCAACGGCACCGCGCUCGGGUACCUGCAGAACCCGAACGCGACGGAGGCGUGUCGGUACUGCAGUUUGUCGAAGGCAGACGAUUUCCUCGCGCCGAGCGGGAUUUACUGGGAUGAUCGGUGGAGGAACUUUGGGCUGGUGUGGGUGUAUAUCGUGUUUAAUGUUAUGGUUACCGUGGGGACUUAUUACUUGUUCCGUGUUGCGCGGUGGGGGAGGAAGUAGGUUAGGUUAGGGGAGGCAUUCAUAUAUAGGUAAUGCAACGCAUAUGCAUAGCAUGGCAUUCACGAUUGGGGUACGGGGGAGUUAUGCGGAUUGAUAUUUGUUUAGUUAUUUACUAUCUAAUUUGAAAAGUUAUAGAGUUUAAUGCGGGUGGGUAGAUUGGGAUACUUAGAUAUGGGUAGACAUGGAUAGGGAAUGGGAAGGGCUUGGUGGUGAUGUGCUUAAUGACAAUUUUUAAUCGUA